AUGCAAUUGCACCACCUACCUCCAGGAAUCUUUGACAAGAACACACAGCUAAGGAGUCUGUAAGUAACCUCAUUUUUUUCUGUCUGAUCCGCGCUCCUAGAUUCUUAGUGAUGCAAUAUAAGCGUUAAUAAGAUUGACGAAAUUUGCAAAUAUUUCAUUCAUAAUAUGUAGCUAUUUAAGUACAAAAUAAAUUCACCUUUAAUUAACACUACUAGUCAACUUUCGCACCUGCAGAAUAAGAACUCUAAUCUCAGACCAGCUGCACAACAGUUCUACAGGCCUCCAACUUAUUUUUGUUGUUGUCGUUGUUUUAUUAAAUUUACCAGAUUAUUCGUUUCGCUUCGCAAAUUAAGAAUUAAUAUCAAACAUCAUGAAGAUCACAUAUCGACUGUUGCGUUCUGGAUCUUUGUCCAGGAAUAACCGUUUAUGAGAUUCAUCCUCUGUAUAAAAGGCAUCAUAAAAAGAGUAUUCAAGUUUCCAUCAUUAACAAAUUUCCAUAUAUAUGUCAAAUGGAAUUAUGUUGUAAGACGCGUAUUACGUGUGAAGUUAGCACAAGCAAUCCUUCACGCGAUGACGGCGAUGCCGACUUUUGCUCACAUUUCAAAACGUCCUUAACUGUCCUGAACAAGUUAAAAAACAGAUAAACUUCUUGUGCAUCUUAGAAAUAUUGAUCAGUUUUAUAUGGUAAAUAACGCAGACGUCUGAAUGACAACGACAUGAAAGCAUUGAAUGGAAGUGUCUUCAAAAACCUGACAUGGCUAAAGGAACUGUAAGUAAAUGUAUCAAUACUGUUGUGGAAAGAAUUCCUUAUCCUAAAAACAAAAUUAUGGAUGAUAAAAUUUACUAACUGCUUUGGCUGGAUCAGGACAUAUCGUGAUCUGCUGAAUUAUGUUGUGAAAAUAAAACAGAGGUAGAUAAUGAUUUUAUAGCACUGCAUCGAGUUUGGGAACAUUAGUCGAUUGGUUAAGUUUUUAUUGUGUUAUUGAUAAGGUAAUAUGCUGAAUCGUAUCUCGUAUCGUUAUAUUGUAUAGUGAGAGGUAAUAUAUGGCUAUUUUCUUUGCUGUGGAUCAAAUUAUACAGCUAUCAAAGAAAAACUGUUUUCAUAACGCAGCAGCAUUCCCCUCUCCUACUGCCCUGUCUAUACUUGUUUUUCCAUUUCAUUUUUUUCUUUUCUCUUUUCUUCCCUUCCCGUCAGUGAUCAUAAGACAAGGCGGUAAAUAAAUGUUUCAAUAAAACUAAAUAGAUUUUGCAUACAGAUCAUAUUUUUUUCAAAUUACAACACAGAUGGUUGCAAGACAACAACUUCACUGAAUUGCCUCCUGAUUUAUUCCAAGAUCUAAAAAACCUGAGGCUGCUGUAAGUUAAUUCAAGUUUUCCCCUUUUUUAACUCAAUAACUGCGUAGAGUGUCCCAAGACUGAUAAAAUUUUUCCUCUCUUUUGUAAAAUUACAGCUCGUGAUUGCUUAUAUAUUUUUACACAGAUCCUGCUAGUAUCGUAAUUUUCUUUCCUUUAACUAAUCAAAGCAUAUAACAAGAAAGUGAUUUAAAUCGUCCCAUCUGCACCGAUAACACAUAAAUGAAAAUUGAAUCAUCCUAUAUUAUGUUUUUGUUGCUGAAGUUACAGUUUCAGUGACAACGAUCAUACAUAAAUUAAGGAAAUUCAUGCAUGUUAUGAAUAUCAGAGUUGUUUUCAUGGGACUUCUAUCUCUGUUUUGAACCAUGUUGGAAUAUUUUUUUAGAUCACGAGCUUAAUGAUCUCUUCAUUGAUACACGAGAGGCAGCCAUUGUCUAUGUUGGGGAAAAGAGUUCAGUGAAUACGCAAAUUUCAAGUUAUCAGCGGCCUAUAAUUGCUUUUCUCGUUAUAGAUAUUGACCAAACUAAAUGAAUGAAGUGACUCUUGAAUAUUCUCUGUAUUAUAAGACAAACAUUGCAUGUAUAUAUAUGACUACAUGCUGCUCUUUGGUUGGUUCUGAUGACUAGCAACUUUAUGUACGAUAAAUACAAUGAGAGAGAUGGUAAGUUUUGAUCUCAGUAAAGAAAUAGAGAAAGAUGUUUUUCGUCUUGUCACGAGCGUGUAACAAAGAAAAACUUCUGAGUCCCUAUGCAAAAUUGAAAAUCAGACCUUCAGAGCUCUAUACUGAGCCACAGAGACUCUACGGUGGGCGAGGUGUAAUACGAAGUCUAUGACACGCGUCCUGCAUACUGCUAGGACCAGGAAUGUCGAUAGCGUCACCGUAGAUAAUUUUUUCUUUCUCCUACAUUCGUGACAAGACGAAAAACAUCUUUCGCUGUCUUUAUGUAUUUUAACUUGGAAAUUUCAGAUCGCAGACUUAAUGAAAAUGCUUUUUUUUUGUCUCGUUAUUCCAACCAGCCUUCUGUCAAAUAACAAGUUGAAAAGUCUACCAGACGGACUUUUUAACAGCCUUUCCAAGCUGACACAUCUGUGAGUGAAAUAGCAAUUUAACCAAGGAGAUAAUUGUGAAGAACCAAAUGAUCAUUUUUAAAAUGUUGUUUACAAAAGCAUAGCCGUCACACCUGAAAAAUCAUGACUUUUCCAGCUUGUAUUUGUUAAUCUGGUCAGUUGAAUUAGAGGAUGCUAUUUUAUGUGGUUGUUGUGCUUUGAUUAGUAAUGUUAAGGUACUAGGAGGUGUAAAAGUUCAAAAGCUUCUGUUUAAAUAGGAACCUUAACAACUCCCAGAUUUGUUUUUCUGCAGGAUAAAGUACCUUCUUUCAAAAUAUGAUAAGCUAUUAACUAACGGCUGAUGAUGAUAAUAAUAGCAAUGAUAAUAAUAGUAAUAAUAAUGAUGAUGAUGAUGAUAAUAGUUGUAACGGAAAAGUAAUUUUGCAUUUGGAUUUCAUCUCUAUGCCGCCGGUUUGUUUUGUUUUUUUACCUUUUUUUUUGGCUUGUUUGUUUUACGGUUUUGUGCUAUAGAGGUUUCCCCCCAAAAAAGUUGGGGAAUGACAUUUCCUUGAUUUACCCGUUUUUCAAUUUUGUAUAAAUGAAACAUGUUUCAUUUAAUGUUUUCCCUUAAAAAAUUAAUCAUUUUUUUUAUCGUAGCGUUCUUAGCAAGGAUAAUUUCCUAGGAUCUUCUUGAGCUGGAAUUUAAAACAUUAACCUUUUUUCUGGGAAUAUGUCUGAGGGAUUUAGGGGAAAUAAACUGAAAAGGGAAAGCAAAUGCACCAGUAAACAACAUUUUCUGAGAGUUUGGUAGUUCCAUCAUAGGCGAAAUCUUUGUAGCUGUGGUAAUAAUUGUUUUCAGGGAUUUGUCAAACAAUGAAAUUGGAAAUCUGCCACCGUAUAUUUUCAGGAACAUUACAGCGGUAGAAUUUCUGUAAGUAAGAUAAAUAUUGGCAUAAAAAAAAUUAUUAAUUAUUGUUAUAGGAUUUUCUUGAAUAUGAAAGCACUUUAUGACAAUAAAAGCUUCCUAGUUAAUGACAACUUACUUUAUAAUUUACCUCUGGAAGGCCAAGGUUUUGUUUUCCUUGUAUCCACAAUAUCUAAGAAUUUGUUGUAUUGCAGGAUCAAACUAUCCUGGCACUAAUGUUGUAAUUUGUAACAGGAAGCGAACCAAUAAUGAUUUUUUUUCAACUUCAGCUUUAAACAACAGUCCUCGUUCGAGGCCCAUGGGAAUAAACUUGAGAGUUUUUGUGCUUAAUCUUGAGAUCAUUAUAGAUAUGUCUCAUGUGUUCUUUGAAGAUUAAGAUAUAAAGACUGGGAGCUAUUUUACUGGAAAACAUCGCCAUUCCCUGCCUUAACUACAGAAGUUACCUUUAAAAAGCAGAUCUAAAAAUAUCACUCCCACAUGAGCUAAUUUCAGUCUGAACUGCCCAUGAUGCUCUUUUUAGGAAAAUGGACUACAACAAAAUUGAGAAAAUUCAUGAAGAUCAGUUCCAGGGCUUGGUGGAGCUGUUCGAUUUGUAAGUACACUUAGACCUCAAAAUCUUUCUCCAUGAUGAUCUGAAUCGCACACUGUACACAGUGAUAUUAUUUUAAUGUUAACUCCAUUAUAGCUUUAAUAAAAGUUGCCUUACCCAAUCAUGUUAUGUUAAUGUAUUUUAAAAUUUAUUUCAUUAUCCAUUCCACCUAUUUAAGAUAUCUCUCAGAGAACAAAAUCGAGGCUCUGCCUGACAAAAUUUUCAAGGGCGUCAAAAACCUCAAAGCUCUGUGAGUACAGAUAAUCACGCACAAAAGAAUUCUACAAUAUUUGAAGUGAUGGAAUGAAUAUAAUAUAAGCGUUCAAAAUCUGAGAUUUUAGUCCAAAAAUUUAACAUGAUGUAGGACAGAUAUGGUGAAAGUUACCUUGUUCAACGAAGCAAUGUUGUUCAAUUUCAUGUUGCACUAAAAAUGUGCUUUUUAAUAUAAACAAAGGUGGAUAUCAUAGAAACAAAAAGAAAAAUUUUGGAGAUCUGUUUAGUUUUAACGAAAAGUCCAUGUAAAUCUAUUAGGACGAGGAAUAUGGCUACUGCAAGUCCCCGUUUAGGACCUAAUUGUAAAUGGUUACGUACUUCGUUUCAGCAAUAUCUUCGGCAAUAGGAUACAAAACGUUACCAGCACGACUUUCAACUAUGCCCACGAAUUGCGAUUUUUGUAAGUUUACUGAGAAUGACAGAUGUUUAUCUAGGCAACUAAACUUUGUUGCAGAUAUUGAAAUCGGAUAACUUGUGGGCGAGUAUUCUUUUGAUUUUGUUGUAAGCAAAGAAAAGACUCGUAAAUGGUAGUUUUUGAAAAUAACUUUGACACACCAGAGCAAUAUUUCCCUGGAUGAGUCCGGAAAGAGACUUUUAUACAGCGAACGAACUCAACCGAAUGGGCUGCCACGUUCAAAAAUCAGUAGCCAUCAAAAGUUUCCAAGAAAGCAUGAUGAGACCUAUCUUGGGCUUAAUGUUCAGAUUUGAAAAAUCUUUGAGAAAAUAUCAUGCUAGGGUCCGUAAUAAAAAUCCUCAGUUAGGGUUCUUUAUUUUGUCCUUUUGGACAGUUUUUUUUAACAUUUACAUUAGCUUGAUGAAUCUUAUUCUUGAAAAUUCAUUUUUUGCAGUGAAUCAUUUUGUUCGGUUAAUUAUGAUAUAAACCAGCUUAAUGUUCAUAUCAUGAUUAUUUGAAAUUACAGGUUCAUGCAUUACAACCUGAUGGCUGAGCUCCCCAAAGGCUUUUUCAGGCACUUGACGCACAUCAUCAGAGUGUAAGACUCCAUAACGAUCCCUUCCUUCACUCACCCCUUCAAACAAUCAUUUUAACAAUAGUCUAUGUUAUUAAUCAAUUAAUGAUUAUUAAUGGAUUUCAAAGAUGCAAUAAUGAAAUGAUAUUUCUUCUUUUUCUUCUUCUUCUUCUUUUUUUGAAUUUUAGAACCUUGGACACCAACCUGAUGUGCUGCCAUCUCGAUCUUUUCAGGCAGGAUGCUGAUUGCGAAUAUGUCUUCAAUGAUAACUUCGCAAGCUGCCACUCCAUGUUCCGCCACCAUGCUCCAAGGAGAACUCUUUGGAUUGUCGGUCUGCUCUCGUUGUUAGGGUCUUUAUUCGUAGUUGGGUGGCAGUAUUUCUACCCUGAUAACAAUGUGGUCCAGUCUAUCAUGUUGGUGAAUCUAGGUGUAUCUGACGGCAUCAUGGGGAUAUACCUUAUCAUUAUAGGUAUAAAAGACCUGCAAUGGUCAGGGGAAUACUAUCUGCAUGACUAUGAGUGGCGCACCGGGUGGUUUUGCCAUUUCAAUGGUGCCAUGUCUGUCUUUUCAAGUGAAGUGUCAGUGAUGAUGAUUUCUCUGAUCGCAUUGGACAGACUCAAGAACAUCGUGUUUCCUUACACCUUUGCAAAAAUUACCCCAAGGCAGACCCGUAUAAUGUGCGUGGUUAUCUGGCUGGUGGGAGGCGUUAUGGCAUUCCUUCCCUUGUCCGGAAUGCACUAUUUUAGUGAGAGGUAUUACGGCAAUAAUGUAGUGUGCCUGCCCCUGCAGCUUUCCCCUGAAUUACAAGAAGGCUGGGAAUACUCCACUUCCAUCUUUAUCGUUUUGAAUUUUUCCCUAUUCAUCUUCAUCAUGGUUGCUUAUUUUGCCAUCUUGUGGAAAUCAUGGUCGUCAAGCAGACAGCUUGGUGCACAUGGAACUGUUCGUGAAAUACGAGCAAGAGCACAAAGUGCUCAGGCCAAAAGAGAAAGAGCACUUGCCAAAAGAGUCUUCUUCAUUAUUCUGACCGAUUUCUUGUGUUGGAUGCCAAUCAUUGCUAUCGGCAUCCGUUCCCACGUCGAGAAAACAUUUGAUCCACCUGGUGAUCUGGCAGUGUGGAUUGCAGUGUUCGCUCUACCGAUAAAUUCAGCCAUCAACCCAUUGCUGUAUACGCUUUCUACUCCACAGGUAACAUGUUUCUCUUUUUUGUUACUUUGGAAUAGCACCUACCGUUAUGUUCAAAUUUGGUUUCGUGUCUGAGCAGGCUGGCAACUCAAUUUUGUAAUUGUAACGAUUGACAUCAAAACAAGCAUGAAAAAGUAAAUGAUCGGACAGAUUUUUUUAGCUUCUCCGCCGUUGACUUUAGCCAUAGAGACCAACGUGACUUCUAAAUACGUUACUUGAAAGUCUUAAGGUAAACUAUUCAAUAUAUUUUGAAUGUCUAGGUUCAGCCUGUGUUGAAAGCAAAACUGAGGAAGUUGUGGUCCAAUGUUCGAUCUAUUUUCAGCAGAGGACAAAAUCAAGAAGGUAAAGUUUUAAGUUCCAUUGAAAAAUACCAUGAUGACAGUAAUUAUAUUUCAAACCUUGAAAUGAAGAAACUUUAACUUUUAUCAAAUUGAGUAUGAGCAACCCAGUUUUCUCUAAGUAAUUUAUGUGAUUAUUACUCCAAGGCUUUCAAGGGGGAAUAGGGUAGAACUGGCAUGAAAUCGUAGAAAACACAUGUAUUUUUUUUUUCGAAAAAGAAACUGAGCAAAUUAUUGAAACCACAAAUGUACAACUUACAAUAUGUAAAGUUGUAGCAGACGUAAAAGAGAAAACAAGAGUGAUCCUAAAUAGAGAGGGCAUCAAUGUAUUAAAUCAUCAAUUUUAAUGAUGGAAAUCAUGCUUUCAGUUCGAUUUUUGAAGGUUAGUAUCUCUAAAACUAAACUAUUAGGGAACAUUGAGACAAAUGGAUGCCAUUUGCGAUAAAUUUUUAAAAUAGCAUGCUAGUCAAAACUCAUUCUGCAAACAAUUCUCAAAGUAGGAACUGCUAUACUUCUGUCUUAAAUCAUAAGGUUAAGAUUCUGAAUUGUAGAAUGCCUUUUUUAUAUAAACCUGACAAUGGCCAUUAAGUUUUAAAUUGGUGUUACUUUUUCAUAUGAAAGAAGCAGAUAAUGAUCAGCAGGGACAGAUUGGAAAUGGAGAUGAACAUGCUAACGUCGAAGAGGGUAAAAAUAGAGUGCUUCUUAGUGUAGUCACAUACGAAAUAUCUCCUCCACGCCUUUGUAGGGUUCUGUGUAUGAUACUUUUCUUUCCUUUCUCUUUUCUAUACUUAAUUCCUUUUUUUCAUUUUCUUUCCCGUAGGAGAGCAAAUUGAAAUGCAGGUAUUGGAACACAACGAAGUCCCAGAAGUGGAAGCCCCUGAAUUGCCUGCACCGCAACCAGGUCAGUUAAGAAAUAUAAGAGUUUUGAUGCCAACGAUAAAGCUGUAAUUGACUUUGCAAUCCAAAACUCUUGGCAGGUAUGUAUAGUUUAAUCAAUUAACCUAACAAAUAUUAGUUCUCUCAAUUUGAAAUACCUAUAGAAACCAUAGCAUUCCUUUUCUGCUCAGAUAAUUUCUAUAGGUGCAUUUUAAGAAAGAUUUUAACUUAAUUCCUGUUUUUCAUUUUCUUUCCCGUAGGAGAGCAAAUUGAAAUGCAGGUAUUGGAAUACAACGAAACCCCAGAAGUGGAAGCCCCUGAAUUGCCUGCACCGCAACCAGGUCAGUUAAUAAGUAUAAGAGUUUUGAUGCGAACGAUAAAGCUGUAAUUGACUUUGCAAUCCAACUCCCUUGGCAGGUAUGUAUAGUUUAAUCAAUUAACCUAGCAAAUAUUAGUCCUCUCAAAUUGAAAUACCUAUAGAAACCAUAGCAUUCCUUUUCUGCUCUGAUAAUUUCUGUAGGUGCAUUUUAAGGAUAGAUUAAGGAAUGGUUUCCCAUAUGACAAUAAUGUGACGAAAUUAGGUUAUAUUUCUUUUGGUUGAUAAGUUACCUCCAGACAUUCUGGUGAUAAAUUGCCAUAUGCACUUUUUAAGACCUCCACCCAUGAGAUCCCCAUCCCUUUACAUUGGUAACCUGUACAGUGUAUUAUGGACGGAAGAUACCAUCGUCUCCCAUAUGACACGGUUGUAGUUAAUAAAUGAUACAUAUAUAUUGACAAUGAUCUUUCAUUGUUUCCAGUUUUCACUUAUAUUGUAUGAAGAAAGAUAAUUCUUUGCUCUGUUGACAGCAAUUGAACAAGCCUGUGGAGGGGAUGCGAAUCCAUCUUCCUCAGGUAAAAAUUUAUUUAUGAAAGAAAUAUAAAAAGAAGGCGUAGACAACCGCUUGAUUUAAGAGAAGUACUAGUACUGCAAAAGUCACAGUUGCCCAAUGUGACUUCAACUGCAAAUUGCUUUUUACAAACGGUCAUAGGAAUCGCCAAAAUGAAAAAAAAGGUAAUGCGUCUUAACAACUGUAUUUGGCAGAGAUACUAUUUCAGCAACUAUUUUCAUGCGCCCAAAUUAACUUUCAGAUUUAAAUGUGAGCUUUGUAACUCGGUGUUAUUUCAUAAAUUAAUAUAUAAUUGAAUACAUCUGAAAUUCUGACGUACCUAAAAUAAAAUUGUAGAGAUAUUUAUUGCAGAAUAACACAUGAACCAUAAGUGUCAUGAAACAUUUUACUCUACUUGUUCCUUAAAACAGAAUAUCAGGAGGAUUUUGACAUCAGACCAGCCACUACAAAGACUGUGGAA